UGUCCAAGGGCACCGAGGAACCUGCACGGUAAACGUGCAGUAGUUGCAUAAAUAUAAAAACAAAAUGACGACUCUCAAAGAAAUGGUUGCGUCAGCUAUGACUGUGGAAUUAGGAGCAAAAGAACCAUGGCCGGAUAAUGUGAAUCUCUAUCAAACUUAUGAAGCUGGCCAAAUUCUGCUCCCUGACAGUGCCAGCUGCCUGAGUGUGAAAGCAUUUUUAGAGAUGUGUGGGCUCAAGUAUUCAGUGGUUUUGAGAAACAAUGCAGAACACAUGUCCCCAUCAGGCAAGGUGCCCUUCAUCCAGAUAGGACCUUUUCUCAUCUCAGAAUUUGAACCCAUCAUUGGUUUUGUCAACACUAAGGUACAUGGAUUCCAUCUCAGUGCCAACCUGGAUGACACUGAGAGAGCUGAGAUGAGAGCCUAUAUGGCUUUGGUUGAUAACAUACUGGUCAAUGCUGAGCACUAUAUAUCCUGGUGUGAUGCCACAGUGCUACAAACUGUCACAAAACCUAGGUAUGGUUCCCCCUACCCUUGGCCCCUUAAUAAGCUGGUACCUCUGAAGAAAUGGUAUGAAGAAACCAGUAGACUCAAAGCCUUAGGAUGGUCUCAGAAAACACUGAGUGAGGUUUGUGAGGAGGUGCAGACAUGUUGCCAAGCCCUUUCAGAAAGACUAGAUAAAAACAACUUUUUCUUUGGGAACAGACCAACAGAGCUGGAUGCCCUGGUUUUUGGACACCUGUUCACAAUCCUCACAACACCUAUGCCAGUGAAUAAAUUAGCAGAGAUUGUAAAAAACUUUGACAAUUUAGUGCACUUCUGUGCCAGGAUAGAACAGCAGUACUUCUCUGCUACAGAAGCUUCUUAGUAUAUUUUUAAAACAAUUUGAUGGCAAAUACAGAUGUGCUGUGCCAAUAUUUUUUAUGGUUUUUCUAAUCUGUGCAAGAUCUGGCAGUCUGGGAAAAUUUAUUCAAACACAAGCUAGGCUACUGCAUUUAAAGCUUUUAGGGCAGAUUUAAGAAAUAUACUUCUGCUUGGCAUGGAAGAAUGAGAGCUUGUCAAGAAAAAGCUGAUAUAAGACACAAAAGUAAAAUAUCUUCAAAGCGUAUUUAAUAUUAAUUUUUAUA